UGCCAGGAGCUGUAGAAAGGAGCCACACUGCUCGAGAAAUGGAGCAGUACAAACCUUAUCAGGCACAAGAAAGGAGGCUCUGAGCAUUUAAUUCAGUAGAUGGCUGCUCCAUUCUCUUUCUGGCAUCACUGCCAUACUGUACUGCACCAUCCAUAAUGGCAUUCAAUGGAACAUGGCAGGUCUAUUCUCAAGAGAACUAUGAAGAAUUUCUGAAAGCCCUUGCAUUGGCAGAUGAUGUCAUCAAGGUUGCCAAAGACAUUAAGCCUGUUAUUGAAAUACAACAAAAUGGAAACAACUUUGUUGUGACAUCAAAAACACCUAAGCAGUCUCUAACAAAUUCAUUUACUCUGGGGAAAGAGGCUGACAUCACUACUAUGGAUGGCAAAAAAAUAAAGUGCACAGUUAACAUGAUAGGUGGGAAGCUUGUGUGCAAAACAGAAACAUUCUCCCAUGAACAGGAAGUUAAAGGAAAUGAAAUGGUGGAGACACUGACUGUUGGUUCAGCAGCACUCAUCAGAAAAAGCAAGAAAGUAUAAACAAUAAGAAGUAUUCUAUUUUGGACAUUUUUAUAUUCCAGCAUUAAAGCGCAUUUGCCAUCA